UUUUUUUUUAAUUACUAUUCCUAUUAUUCAUUUAUUCUUUUUUUUUUAAAAAAAAAAUGAAAUCAAUUUUAAACUUUUUUAAAAAUAAAAAAGAAUUAUGGAAAACAAUCAUUAAAUGUACAGUAGCUUAUGAAAUAGGCACCAUUCUUGUUCUAAUUCCUGCAGUCUAUAAACAUGCUGGAAAACCGCCAUAUCUUGUACCACUUGGUACCUUAUUUUUUAAUGCAAGCGGGACAGCCGGAAGUCAAAUAGCUGGUAUGCUUUUGAAUAUUCUGACAAUGAUCCCUUGUGCUAUCUGGAGUGGAUUUGUAGCUUAUCUAUGUUCACUUUAUAACAAUCAAGUUUAUUAUGUAGAACAGCAACAAUCAAUAGGAUUGUAUAAAUAUGGUGCGGGCGCAAUUGGUGCAAUUGGUUUUGGUAUCUGUGUCUUUAUGAUGGCUUAUUUUCGACUUCGAUACCCUCGACUUUAUAUACCAGCUUUACAAGGUUUUACAAUGCCCUUCUUUAUUAUCACAGGUGGGAUCUUUGAUAGACAUUAUCAAGCUGCUUUUGCCAUACAAACAUUAUAUCCUGUUUUAAUUGGUGGAGCCGUUGCAUUGAUAGUGAACUUGGUGCUUUGGCCAGAGACAGCUGCGAAAAAAGCAGAAAAAUCAAUUGGACAGACAAUUAAUUCAAUCAAAGAUGUUUUAUCAUUUGUACAAGAGGAUUUAUUAAAAAAUGAUGAUUCGGGUGUUAUGGCAGGCGAUAUUGCAUCAAGUACAAAAUUACAAAAUUUAAAUAAUAAACUUCAAAAAGAUAUUGCUCAAAUGAUCUCUGCUCGACAGGAUGCGAAAUAUGAAAUCAUUGUCUCUUAUUAUCCACCAGAGAGUUAUCGACCUUUAGUCAACUCAUUAAAUCAUCUCUCUGAAAACUUGCAAGGGUUUUCAUUGGCUAUCAAACGAGAAGUGAGGAUCAUGUUGGAAAAGAAGGUGAACGCUCAUUUAAAUCAUUUAAGGAAACGAUCCGUCAUCAUGAAUGAUGAUGAGUAUGAGAAACAAACGAUUUCGACAGCCAACCAUUAUUAUUAUCAUCAACUAUCUAAACCCAUCUUACCAACAACAACAACGUCAUCAUCAUCAACAACUUUACCUGCAAGUCAGGAUUUAUUUCAAGCCAGUAUCUUAUCAGGGGAUACUCUUGUCUUACAAGGUCGUGAAUACAAAAUCAUUGAUCGUUUACAAUCCACCAUUCAACCCGCUCUAAAGCGAUUCCUGGAUGCCUGUACCAUUACACUAGAACAAAUUGAAAACCAACUUGUCGAACAUAAGGCUAUCUCCAUGAACACAUCUACAAAGAAUCAUCUUAUUCAUAGCAGUAAAACAAGAAUUGAUUUGAGGGCUGCUUUAAAUGAUUUUAAGGAAACUGAGCUUUUACUUCAACAAGAGUAUGAUCAAUCCGAUAGCGUCCCUAGUGAAGACCAUUUUUUGGUCUUUACAGUUAUCUUUACGUUGAUUGAAUUUGGUAAAGAAUUAAUUCAACUUCAGACAUAUGCAGAUGAAUUAGUACUACAGACUAAUUCCAAGAGAUGGUGGAUAAAUCGAAUUUAUUUCCCAAGAGUCCCCUUACGAAGAUGGCUCAGUAAAGGCUCCUCUGAAAAUAAAGCUGCACAAUCACUUUCAGAAAAAGUCGUUUUAGAUAAUCAAGAAAGGCUUCAACUGCAAGACAUGCAACAACAUGGGAAUGGUCGUCAAAGAUCCACACCCUGUCGCUCUACUGAUAUAAUAAAUAAGAAUAAGUGUUCAGAUGCUGAUGAUGAUGAUAAUGAUGAUAAUGGAGGUAUUCCAAUAUCUCGCCAUAUAAGUCGUAUUGUAUCCAGAAUCGAAGUAAAUCCUUAUCAGUUUGAACAAAAUGAACACCAAGAAAACAAUCAUGAAGAGCAAUUUGAAAUGGAAAACAACGAAUUAGAGCCUUUACAACAUGCGCAGGGGAAACAUAUUUGGAACCGAUGGCUCUAUCAUCUUUCUAAAUGGUUUCAAUAUCCACCUACACGGUAUGCGCUUAAAUUUACGAUUACAACUGAACUUUUAGCUUUAAUGGCCUUUUUACCGAUAGAGGGUCUGAACGAUUUUUAUAAUAACAAUCAUGGUCAAUGGGCUCUUUUGUCAGCCAUGGUUGUCUUUAACUACACGGUAGGCUCUACUGCGAUCCAGUGCUUUUAUCGAGUGGUGGCCACAAUAAUUGGUGCCGUCUGUGGUUAUCUUGCUCUCCUGGCCGGUCAUCGAAAUGAAAAUCCUUACGUCGUUGCCGUCCUUGUUCUCGUCUUUCAAAUCCCAAUGUGGUAUUUCCUGUUUAAUACACCUUACCCGCGUAUUGGCUUCAUCUCUAUCUUGACCUUGGCCGUGAUCACGAACACAGGCUACACUGAUUUUUACAAGGAAUCCAUCUUUAGUCCUGUCUGGAAAAGAACCGUUACCGCCCUUUUCGCUAUUAUUGUCGUCAUGUUGGUGGAUCAACUGGUAUGGCCGGUAUGGGCAAGAAAGCGGUUAAGGAAAAGUCUUGCUGAUCUCUUGAUUGCAACAGGUAUUCAAUACUCGCGUGUUGUGUCACUGGUAUGCCAAGAGAACACAAACUCCUACCGUUAUCGAUCUACAUUUGAAGAAUGCCAAAGAGAUCAGGGGUUACUCAUGAAUCAACUACACGUGAUCCAGGAAAUGUUGGUCCUCGCUAGUACAGAGCCACGCUUAACAAAGGGACCCUUCCCUAUCAAGGAAUACAGGGAGAUCUUGGACCACGAGCGAAUUAUUCUCUAUUGGAUUCAACAUAUUCAAAAGGCACAAUCGUUUAUCACCGAGAGUGUACGACGGACGAUCAUGACGCCUAUCAACUCGUAUCGUAAGGAGAUGGCAGCUGCUGUUCACCUUUAUUUGUUUACCUUGGCAUGUUCGUUACGUACGAAAUCUUCUUUACCUGCUUCUCUACCAUCAGCUGAAAUGGCAAGACGUAUGCUUCAAACAAAACAGACAGCAGGAUGGAAGAGGAACUAUGAGGAGCUUUGUAAGUUGAGUGCCAAAUCGGUAGCUAAUCGACAAAGUGCAGAACAUCAAGUAUUUUGGCAUACGUAUGCAGCUGGGUCUGUUGAAGUUGUGGUUGAACAAGAGGCCAUGGGUGAUAUAGUUGCGAGGUUAAUGGGGCAACAUGUUUUUAAAGCAGCAACAAAGGAUUGGAAUCGAUAUGAAUCAUCUUGAUCUCCUUUCUUGCUACAAACACUCUUUGUUAAUUCCUAAACGUACAAUACGCAACAUACACAUAUAAAUAAUCAUCUAUCCUCCUUAAUAGAAUAAAAUAAUAGAUAUACA